GUCGCUGCCUGUUUGAGCCACUUCCGACUCUGGCAGAAAGCCCUGCGAUGUGACCUCGACGUUUGCAUCGUUUUCGAGGAUGAUGCGAGGCCAACUGCAGACGGGCUCCGGCGCUUCCAAGCAGAGGUCGACUGCCUGACAAGCCUGGGCGUGCCCUGGGAUCUGGUCUACUUGCAUUCUUCGCUCUACUCCAAGUCAGAGGAGCCAAAGCUUGAGGGAUGCAACCUCCUUUUUGCAGGGCAUCGCAAGUGGGCAGGUGCUUAUGCCCUGUCCCGACGCGGUCUUCAGAAAUUGACAAGCAGCGGGUAUGAAAAUUGCAUCUUCCCUGUGGAUGACUUCCUUCCCGCAUUGCACUCGUUCCACCCACGACCGGACGUGCGCGAGCUUCCUUGC